AUGGAAAUGUCACAUUUACAACCAUGCAUUCAAUUACAAAUUCCAAAGGAAGAAUUAGAAAGAGUUGUAGAUAAGGCUAAGGAUUGGGCUCUUAUACAUGGGAUUAGUAUGCGAUCUAAAGAGUCUUUUAAUAGAAAUCAAGUACAAGUACUCCCAUUUACUUUAUUACCAUCAAGUUUUCCUAGAAAGAAUUUUGAGAAAGUUAAAAGUAUUCAAGUACUGUUAAAUGAACUUAUACAUAAGGUGGCACAUGAUAAUGAUUUUCUUACAAAGAGUUUAAAAAGCACAAUUGAAGCAGAUUCAUUCACAGCAAGAUUAUUUAGUAUAUAUGAAACUGUAUAUAGAGAAGGAUAUACUCAAACUUUAAGUCUUGGUUUGCUGCGAUCAGAUUACAUGUUACAUGAGAACCAGAUUAAACAAGUCGAAUUAAAUACUAUUGCAAGUAGUUUUGGGGGAAUAGUUACAGUUACUUCUAAGUAUCACAAAUAUAUUUUAUCAGAUUUGGGACAUGCAGAUAAAAUAAAAAAUAUUCCAGAGAAUAAUCCAAUUAAUGGUCUUUCCAAAGGAUUAAUACAAGCAUGGAAAUUGUAUAAUAAUAAGAAGGCUGUAAUAUUAUUUGUUGUUGAAAAUAUUACUUAUAAUAUAUGCGACCAAAGAUUUCAUGAAUUUGAAAUUCAUAACAUUAAUCCUGAUGUCAAGGUAAUUAGAAGAAGUUUAAGGGAUUUGGUAUCUGAAGCAAAACUGGGACCAAAUAAAGAAUUAAUAGUUGGAGGUUUAGAAGCUUCUGUAGUUUACUUUCGUUCUGGUUAUGAAGUUGAAGCUUAUCCCACAGAACGGGAAUGGGAAGUUAGACUACUCAUAGAACGAUCUCGAGCAAUAAAAUGUCCAUCAAUACAUUAUCAUCUAGCUGGCACUAAAAAAGUGCAACAAUCUCUGGCUUAUCCUAAUGCACUCAGUAUAUUUUUAAAAGAUAAUAAGGCAAUAAAACAAUUACAAGAAGUAUUUGCUGGGCUUUAUUCUUUAGAAUUUAAUGAUGAGGCAGAAACAGUAAUUGAUAAGGCUAUAUUGGAGCCAAACAAAUAUGUAUUAAAGCCACAAAGAGAAGGAGGUGGAAACAAUGUUUAUAACGAAGAUAUAAAAUUGCACUUAGAAUCUAUGAGAAAUUCGGAGAAAAGGACUGCUUGGAUACUUAUGGAUCGUUUUUAUCCUCCUGUGCAAAAGAAUUACAUUGUACGUGCUCAUAAAGAGCCAUUUGAAAAUAACCAUUUACACUUUUCUGAUGUUGUAUCAGAACUUGGAAUUUAUGGUGUUGUUAUAGGAGACCAUGCAAGUAUUAUAUAUAAUGAAGAGGUUGGACAUAUUUUGAGAACAAAAUCAUCGAAUGAAAAUGAAGGUGGCAUAGCAGCUGGAAUUGGUGCCAUUGAUACUCCUUACCUCAUCAGUUAA